AUGAAGGGGCCCUUCAUCUCUUGGCUUUUCUUUCUGGACAUGUUUGCUCUGAGGGAGACCCAAACAGCUCUCCACAGCCUGGAGAUCCAGUUCACUGGGAUGGCCAUAACAGAUGACCUUCCGGACAUCAUCUUCAAUGUGUGGCUGGACAGCCAGCUAUUAUUCUCCUAUGAUACCCAGAGCAAGGAGGUGCUCCUCAAGCUAGGUGGGGCCUACCCACCUUUGAAGAACAGAUUGAUGGAAAAAUUGAAAGAGCAGCUGCGACGAGGGGGAGAGGAUGACUUGCGGCGUUUCUGUGCCUAUUGGAUGGUCUCUUACAAUGAGACCUGGGAGCUUCAAACAACCCAGGUCACAGUUUUCUGUGAGCUGGAUGGAGACAUCCAGGUGGACAGCCGAAUGUUGGUUGCUUUUGAUGGUGAGACUGUCUGCCAGUUAAACGAGCAGAAUGCAAGAUGGGUGAUCAAGAAGCCAGAGGUCACACGCUUCUGCAAUUAUUUGGAUGAUAGUGUCCAAUGGCACAGAAUAUUGGCAGAAGAGUGCCCAACAUUUCUGAAGAUUGUCCUGGAACUCUUCCACCUAAAGGAGAAUGAGCCCCCUGAGGUGACUGUGUCUCAUGAUGAUGCCCCAGAUGGCAGGUUCAUCCUCUUCUGCACAGCCAGGGGCUUUUACCCUCGCCCAAUCCGGCUACACUGGGAAAAGGAUGGGCAAAUGGGUGUAUGGGGAAAGGAGCGCUCCAGUGGCACCUUACCCAAUGCUGAUGCCACUUUCUACCUCCAAGUUGUCUUGGAGCUCCAUUCAAGGGAUCCUGGAGAUGGCUAUGCCUGUGUGGUGGAACAUUAUGAGCUACGGAUGCCUGCCAUAUAUCCAGCACCCAGGAAAGUCACCAGAGGAAAGUCCUGGGAACUAUCUCUCAGUCUCUCAGCCACUACCAUCGGGAUCCUGAUCUCAGCUGUGGCCUUCAUAAUAUGGUGGAAAAAAGAUGCCUGGGGCUGCAGGACCCAAGAACACAAUGCAGAAGAAGGAAUGUCAUCAUUAGGAACACCUCCUCCAGCAGCGUCCCUUUCCUCCUCCCCUUCCCACUCUUCUUCUUGUCUCCCUCCUCCCCAACCAAACUGAAGUGAGAGAGUCCUCCCAACCUCAAACUCCAGGGGAGAGAUACUUAGUUAA